GGCUGCUUCAGCAUGCCAGCUGGUAAGGCCUCCUAAGGGACUGUCUGCCCGAUGAGUGUUCUAGCCAUGCCUCCUUCCCGCCUUCCCAAUCCUGUGCCAGAGGCUAUGUAGAAGGAAUCAGAAAAUAGAACAAAAGUAGUCUUAUUAAUAUCACACCAAAUUCUGCUCAUUUUAGAAGCCAUUUAAAGUCUAAAAGUCUGCUUUUCACUUGCUCUGCUUUGGCAUUUGAAGUUGAUGUGAUUUACACCACUAGUGUAAAAAGGCCUUAGGCCUGGUCUACACCUAAAACUUAGAUUGACUGUGCUACAUCUCUCAGGGCUGUGAAAAAUAUCAUGCCCUGUGCAACAUAGUUAGGUUGACCAACACUCCCAUCUUGUAGAUGCAGCUAAGACAACAUAAUUCUUCUGUUGACCUACCUACCAUCUCUCUGAGAAGUGGAUUAUGUACGCUGUCGGAAAAUUCCCUUCCUUUGAUGUAGGAAGCCUGUACAAUACAGCGCUACAGUGCACAGCUGCAGCACCGUAGCUGUGCUUCUGUAAUGUAGACAAACCUUUAAUGUAAAGGAAAAUUAAGCCUGGAGUUCUUUGGUGAAAUGUUCUAUGAGAGAGAAUCAAAAGUUUAUUCAGCAUUCUUCAUGCUGCAGGAAUGGAGAGAGGUGUAUUAUGGAUCUCUGUACAGGAGGCAUGGUGUGACAGAGUGGAUAUCAGAGAGGCCCCAGGACGAGCUGCCAACUCUAGGAAAACAGUUGUGGUCUCUGGUAUUCCAGAUGGCAUUGUGAAAGAUGAUGUCAUGGCUGACAUAUUGAUGAUUCAUUUCCAAAAGACAAAGAAUAGAGGUGGAGACGUGAAGGAUGUAGUUUAUCCAACAACAAUAAAAGGAGUUGCAUACAUAAUCUUUGAAGAUCAAGAAGUUACAGAGAAUGUUCUCCAGAAAGAUGAACACAGACUAGAGGACAAGAGGCUGGGCAGGUAUUAUCCUCUGAAAAUAUCUCUCUAUAGUGAACAUGUCUUCACCUGUGUCUCAUCUGUUCUCGAUUUAUCCAUUUUUGGAGAUAAAUACGUUUUGGAAGAUCUGGUGCAGGAGCUUAAGAAGACUAUCCCAGCCUUGAGCUUCAGUCCUUUGCAAUCCAAUGGACAAAUUUCUGUUCAAGGGUCAUUCCCAGCAAUCAAGACACUAAAAGACAAUUUGUUAUUAAAAGCAAAUUCCCUUUCAGGGAAGGGCAAGAGGGGAGAGAGAAAGCCAGAUCAGAGACCUAACAUCAGGACCCAGAAAUGUGGACUAUUUGUGGAGCCAAAUAAUACUUUUGUCCAUAAUGUAAACAGGAAAGAACAAGUGGUUGUCCUUGACACAGAUAUAUACUACUACAUGAAACAUUUUUUAUACAAGGAAAGUCUGGCAAAAUACAAUGUUGUAAGUCAUGGAGUCACAGAUGGUGAGAUCACCACAGUAUAUCUAGAAAAUGCCAGAGCAAGUUCUGAUUCUAGAGAAUUAGAAAGGGCCAAAGAGGGAAUUGAAGAUUUGUCUGCAAAACUUCACUGCAGAUUACGUAAAGAAAGAUUCUCUUUUGAUGGCAACACCAGACCUGAAAGGCAGAAAUAUAAACAGGCAUGUGAGAGCAUAAAAUCCCGAUUCCCCAAAGUUCUGGUUAUUCCUUAUGACACUCACAUUGAUGUGAUAGGAAGUUCCUCUGAGACAUAUGAAUUUACCCAAGAAGUGAAUAAAACAGUAAAAAGCCACUUCCAAAAGAGAUUCAGGAGGUAGAAGUCAUUUAGGUGCUGUAGGUGAUGCCUGCGAGCUAGGACUUCCUGAGAAGGACAUCUCUUACACCAAAGUACAGUCUCCCAAGGGCGUUGAUAGAAGCCCUAUUACUGGGGACUUUUUAUAAAGGAUGUUUUGCACUUCUGUAAUUUCCAGCCGAGGAUUUGAAAGCACUUCGCAAACUUCAAUUAAUUAGGGCCCAGUCCUGCUCCCAUUAGAGUUUUGCCAUUGACUCCACACAGCACCCUAAUAGUAUUAGGAGCCGCAUUUCACACACUGUAGCUCCUCUAUCAUUAAAAGAAAAUGCAGGCCCUUCUAUAUCACAGCUGAUACAGUCCUACAAUAUGUGCACAGGCACUUCUCAAAGCACAGGAAUCAUGGACACCAAGACAAAAGUCCCAAAUACUAACUUAAAUUUCAAACAAGUAGCAAAUGUCCUCUUCGUGCAUCUGGUGAAAUUAAAGUGCGUAGAAGUUAGUUUUCGUAGUGAAUGGACCAUCCCUGUUUUAUGGUCUCUGAGCAUCACAAACGAGUGCCUCUUGUGGCUGUAUUAACAUACACUCUUUUUAUGCAAGUUUUUGUUUAAUAAAUCACUUAGUUUUACAUGUAAAACACGUUUUGAUAAACUUUUUUCUUCCUAUAUGCAGCAAAUUUAAAGUAGUUUUACUUAACCAAUAAAAAAAGUAAAUGCUG